AUGGCGCAUGUCCUCGUCGUGCCAUUCCCCAGCCAGGGCCACAUGAACCCCUUGGUGCAGUUCGCCAAGGCGUUGGCGUCCAAGGGCGUGGACACCACGCUCGUCAUCACCCGCUUCAUCGCCCGGACGGCCUGCGUGGACGCGCGUCCGGCGAUGGUGGAGACCAUCUCCGACGGGCACGACGAGGGCGGCGUUGCGUCGGCCGCGAGCCUCGGCGAGUACAUCGAGAAGCAGAAGGCCGCUGGGUCGGCGUCGCUGGCUGCACUCAUCGAGGCACGCGCGGCGGCGGGGUCAGGGUCGUCGGGGCGCCCCGGCCCCUUCACGUGCGUCGUGUACGACUCGUUCGAGCAGUGGGUGCUGUCAGUAGCGCGCCAGAUGGGCCUGCCGGCCGUCCCGUUCUCCACCCAAUCGUGCCUGGUGAGCGCCGUGUACUACUACGUCAGCCAAGGGAGGCUCGUGGUGCAGCCGCCGACGAGCGGCGACGGCGCCGUCACGCGGAGUGAGGCGCUCGAGGGGCUGCCAGAGAUGGAGAGGUCGGAGUUCCCGUCGUUUGUGUUUGACGACGGGCCGUACCCGAUGAUCGCCGAGCUCGCGCUCAAACAGUUCGCCGAGGAGGGGAAGGAUGACUUGGUGCUGUUCAACUCGUUUGAGGAGCUGGAGAGUGAGGUCUUGGCUGGACUAACAAACCACAUGAAGGCCCGAGCCAUCGGGCCGUGCGUGCCGCUCCCCGUCGAUGACGCCGAUUUCGUCGGUCGCAUCACCUACGGCGCCAACCUGCUCAACCCGGAGGACGCCUGCAUCAAGUGGCUGGACACCAAGGCUCGCGGCUCUGUGGCCUACGUUUCCUUCGGCAGCUUCGCGUCCCUCGGCGCCGCCCAGACGGAGGAGAUCGCCCGCGGCCUCCUCGCCGCGGGCAAGCCGUUCCUGUGGGUGGUCAGGGCCACCGAGGAGGCGCAGCUCCCGCGCGACAUCCUGGACGACGCGACGGCGUCGGGCGCGGCGCUGAUCGUGCGCUGGAGCCCGCAGCUGGACGUGCUGGCGCACCAGGCCGUGGGCUGCUUCCUGACGCACUGCGGCUGGAACUCCUCGCUUGAGGCGCUCAGCUUCGGCGUGCCGAUGGUGGCGAUGGGGCUGUGGACCGACCAGCCGACCAACUCGCUGAACGUCGAGCGCGCAUGGGGAGCCGGCGUGCGCGCGCACCGCGACGCUGACGCGGGGAUGUUCCUGCGCGGUGAGGUCGAGCGUUGCGUGCGCACGGUCAUGGACGAGGGCGAUGGUGCGUCUGCCGCACGCAAGGCGGCGGGAAAAUGGAGGGAAAAGGCUCGCGCGGCAGUGGCACCCGGCGGCAGUUCGGACCGGAACAUGGACGAGUUCGUGGAGUUCGUGCGCGCCGGCACCGCGGAAAAGUGGAAGGCGCUGGUUCUUGAGGGCAGCGAGCCUGCAGGGCCCGAGAUGUGAUGAUGCGAAAGAGCGCGCGUGAACUGAAAAGCUCAAUGAUUGGUGCUUGCUUUGGUUUAUGAUUCGGUUUGGCUAUAAGGCCAUUCCUAAUGGUUUAUUU